UUUCAAUUUCUUUGAUCGAUUUUCAUCCUGUAUGCUUUGAAGACGAGCACAUCCCUCCCUCUGUUGACAAGAUGGCGAUGUAUACCAAUCUACGGAUCGAGGAAGAGCUCGCUGACCUCAUUGACGAACGCAUUGACAUGAUGAUCCCGCUUGAGACACGAUGCAACUUCAAGUUCAAAGAGGCGUUUCGAGCGAUGGGAGAAAAAAACCUACACAGGGAUCUCGAUGUGAAGGUGCCCAAGAUUGCUGUUAAGAUGUUCCUGGACAAUGAUCCACCUACGGAGCAAGAUUUCCAGGCUCUCCCAGAUGCACUCACCAUCCCCAAGGAGGAAUUGAAAGACUUCGGCAUGGUCUACAAUGCCUCUCUCACCAAACGGGGGCCACCGGACAUUCGUCUACACCGGCAUGGCUUAUGCUCUCCUCGGUGGCGCGACAUCUCGGAUGACUCAGUACCAACACGUGAAGGAAAUUCCCCCUGAAGACAUUAUCGCCGAAUUCGAGAAUGGGAACUCCUACCUGCAGGCCAUGGCGAAGUUUGUCAAAAAGCUUCUGCUCGACGGCUACGAACUCAGCCAUGUCGGAGUACUCUUUCUGGUCCGGCGUGACCCCAACAUGGAAGGAUAUACUCAAGCCUUUACCAGAGGUUUGGAGGCUGCGGCCACACUCUCCUUCUGGACGGUCUGGCAUGGUGAGUACUCUAUCGACCAUAAUCGACAUUAUCUUCGGUCAGUCUGUACCUGGGACGUCAAUAACCUACCAUAUGGCGGUCUCUGUAGCCAUAACCCCCUCACUAAGGGUUUGUCGGGUUACGGCUUAUCGGCUGAGGCGCUGGCUAUCAAGAAGGAGCGACGAGCUCAACAAGUCACGGAGGCUGCCCGGCGUCAGUAUGUAAAGAUCAAUAUGCUGGAACAACUUGUUGCCAAUGGUGAAUUGAAACCGGAUCACCCGGACGCCAUUUAUGCUCGAGAACGGCGUGAAAAGCGAAAAGAGUACAUUAAAAAUCAUGAGGGUCAAAUAUACGCAUACCAGCAAAGAAGACGUCGUCAAGUGCAAAGCCUGUACAACGAUGAUAAGGCAAGGUGAAAGAAGAAUUGAAGAAGUUACGGGUCGCUAUGAUCGAUGAGCUUGUUCAGCAUGGCGACUGGAAGAUUGACGACCCUGAGGCUGUGAAAGCUCACAAGCUACACAACGCUUGGACGAUCGAGGAUAAGGCAGUACUUGCAAAGGCUGGCGAGAGUGCCAAAGUCUCGGAACAGGUCGCGGAUGGCACGAUAGAUGAAGACGAUUCGAAGGCCGUGGGGGCGAGGGAAUGCCUAGCAAGGAAUGCCCAUUCUCAUCGCCAAAGACGGUUCCUCUUACUCGAAUACCGCUCCGGGAGGAUCAAAGACGAGGAGCUAUUGGCCGACGUGGAAAGAUUUCGAAAGGUACAGAGUCUAUACUACAAUAAAGCAAUUGUAAGGCAUCGGAAGGACAGG